AUGGAGAUGAGAAGGCCCUCUGGGGGCCAGAGGACUGCCUUUGUCUCAGGGAGGAAGGUGCCCGGGGGUCGGGGCAAUGACCCCCUGGGGCGUCCAGAGGCCUCGGCAGCAGGUGAGCCGGGGCGCAGGGCCUCGGGGAGUGCUCAGGUGGACAGAUCCCACCCCCACCCUGGGGGUCUGCUCACCCAGGGCUGCUUGCAGGUGGACAGAACCGAGGUGGUCCGGAGCAGCCUGCAUCUGGUCUUCUCCAAGGUCUUCACACUGGAGUACUACUUUGAGGAGGUGCAGAAGCUGUGCUUUGAGGUCUACGACACCCAUGGGCCCAGCAGCCUCAGCUACCAGGAUGAUGACCUCCUGGGGGGCAUGGAGUACACCUUGGGGCAGAUCGUGGCCCAGAAAAAGGUGACCCGAGCACUGUUGCUGAAGUUCAGCAGGAACGCCGGCAAGUCCCCCAUCACGCCUCGGCGCUCUCCCUCCGCCCGGGUGAUAGCCGGGGGCAUCUCUGGGAACAACGGCCAUGUGGAGCUCUCCCUCCGUGCCAGGAAGCUGGAUGACAAGGACCUCUUCAGCGAGCCGGACCCCUUCCUGGAGCUGUACCGGAUCCACGAUGAUCAGCGUGAGCUGCUGGCGUACAGGACGGAGGUGGUGAAGAACGACCUGAGCCCCACCUGGCAGCCUUUCAAGGUGUCUCUGAGCAGCCUGUGCAGCUGUUAGGAGCUUCGGCCUCUGAAAUGCCUCGUCUGGGAUUAUGACUCCCGCGGGAAGCACGACUUCACCGGAGAAUUCUCCACCACCUUUGCGGAGAUGCAGAAUGCCUUCGGGGAGGACCAGGCCCAGUGGGACUAUGUGAGCCUCAAGUACACGCAGAAGAAGCACAGUUCCAAGAACUCGGGGGUGGUCAUCCUGGCAGACCUGAAGUUCUACAGGGUGUACUCGUUCCGGGACUACAUCGUGGGCGGCUGCCAGAUCCACUUCACGGUGGCCGUUGACUUCACGGCCUCCACUGGGGACCCCAGGAACAGCUGCUCCCUGCACUACAUCAACCCCUUCCAGCCCCACGAGUCGCAGGCCCUGGCGGCUGUGGGCGAGACCUGCCAGGACUACGACAGUUGUGCCAGCCCACCGCCUCCCAGGCUCUGCGAGGAGUGUGGCGACAGGAGGCUCUCUGCUUUGGGGUUCGGAGCCUGGAUCCCUCCCAAGUAUGAGCAGUACUACAUCCUGCUGAUCCUGACAGACGGCGUGGUGGCCAACACGGCGGACACGCGUGAGGCCAUCAUGCGCGCCUCCCACCUGCCCGUGUCUAUCAUCGUGGGGAUGGGCAACGCCGACUUCACCAACAUGCAGGCCCUCGACGGCGACAACGGUGUCCCGCGCUCCCCACGGGGCGAGCCUGCCCUCCGUGAUGUCUUGCAGUUUGUGCCCUUCCGGGAGCUCAAGAGCGCGUCCCCUGUGGCGCUGGCCAAGAGUGUGCUUGCCGAGGUGCCCAGGCAGCUGGUUGAGUAUUACAGCCAAGGAAUGCCUCUGAGAGACCUCGGCGAGACCAGCCCAGGCUCCGCUCCCGGGGAUAAUGGGUAUCGCCAUGGUAACCUGGCUACCACUGAAUUCCAGAAGGGCCGAUACUGGUCUCUUCGGGGAUGCGAGGACACCCAAGAAGCAGCCCCUCCAUCCACAUCUGGGCGGCAGCAGGGCUGCAGAGCGGCGAGCAAGGGCACCCUGGACCCUUGCCCAGCGCACACCUGCCCCCACGCAGAUCUGCAACAGCUGCCGAGCCCCGGCUGUGAGGACUUGGUCCUGGCUACCUGCCGAGCGUGGCUCAGACCCCAGCAGCAACCCCGGGCCAGACUGGGGCCCUCAUGCCUGGUGCUCCGUGGAGGCUCCUGGAAGCCUGGGACCCCGGGAGGGGGCAGCCGGCCAGAUGCAGGCUCAGGUGGUCCCAGCGAGGAGCCCAGCCCCCAUCCCACCGUGGCAGUCAGCCACAAACCAGGGACGUGGCGGUCCUGCCUCCUGCGGCUGGGACGUGGGCAUCUCCUGUCACGUCCCCCACCCGUGUCUGUCUGUGGAAUGCGUGGGCUGACCCUGCAGGGCUCCGAGGGUGAAAUAGGACGGCGAGUGUGGCCCACGAGGAGCGUCACUGGUGUUCCAGCCUCCAUUCCCCCCCGACCCCCGACCCCUGUGGCUUCUGUUACUGACUCCAAGCUCGCUACUCGACAGGCCAACAAAUCAAGAGGCGAGGCUGCCGUGGCUGUACUGGUGGCCCCAGAGCUUGAAGGUGACAUCGCCACGGUGUCCUGUCCUGCAGAAAAGAGGUUGGGCCUUGGUUCCAUGAGAGCCCUGCCGGCCCUGGGGGGCGGCCACCUCCUGGGGUCCAGGGCCUGGGGUCCCUCAGGAGCUCCGUCCACCCCUACACCCAAUGCUGCACAGAGCGCGAGGUGGCAGGACGCUGGCUUCCACUAG